AUGUCGCAAAUUGGCUCCCUGAUCCAUAUGGAUUGGGCGACGACCUGUGCAUAUACAGUGCCUCAGUACCCUGCACACUGGGCCCUGCCGUCUCAGACGUCGGACGGUAUGGCGACUGGUGAGAGGCGGUCAAAUCUCAGGUUGCUCAGGACGUCAUUGAUUCUGGACCAAGACACUGACCUGCAUGCCCCUCUCGGAACUGCAGAGUGUAUCAAAUUUCACGUGAUUGCUCUGCAGGAAACCGAGAAGGUUUCGUCGCGAAAUGUAGGCGGUGUUGGUUUUGUUGUGCACCCAUCUGUCAUCCGUCUUGUCGAUUCUCACGAGAUCCUGUCACCUCGUCUGGCCAUUCUUCGCCUCUACCCUCUGCGCCAAAAACCCCUCAGUAUCAUCAACUGCCACUCACCAACAUUAGCAGCUGAUGAGUCCGAAUUGGACGCGUUUUACAAGUAG